GUUCUCUUCGUUCAGCGACUUGGUAAAUAUUCAUCUUGCCCCCAAGCCGUCACAUCUUUUCUUUUAAUUUUUUGAUUUCUCGAGUACUUUCUUGAUAUUGUUUCAAUUCGUUGAACCCCUGCCUGUGAUACGGAGUUUGCAAUUUGGAGGAGCGCGUUCGGAUUCAUUCUCAGGAGUUCAAUAUCAUACAUUCUUCGGUUCUAAUCAAUUGCCGACUAUCUGCGUCAAGUCCGGGUGCUCUUAGCGUCUUACUUUGCAGAGAUUCGUUAUAACAUCCGUUCCAGUUGAACAUGGAGUCAUCAAAUACCGGGAUUCGCAGGGAACCACAGUCUGAUGCGAAUGCGCCCAACAUAGAUGUAGGAUCAUCUACAGAUUCACGGCAAACCCGAAGGCGGCGUGCACCAAACAAGCAACCUCGACCUCGAAGAAUGGACGUUCGUUUCGUAUUCGGUCCGAAUUCUGUCCUACCUAAACCUGAAGGCGUCCAACCUCCUCCCCUUGAGCCUGCAUUCUCUACCACUUCUCUCGAGGAAUGGAGUAUCGCGAAGUCUUCGUAUUCGGAGAAGACCCAGGAUUUGCCGUCUGAAAUGUUUUCUGUGUUCUCGGCGGCUACUGGUCCCGCGCAUAUAGUCACUCCAAGGCCUGCAUUUCCUCUCUAUACUCCCCCCCAGGCUUUGGAGCGGACUCUGCAAUUGCAUUCCAUCUCCCGCAGUGACGUGGAGGCUGCCUCGCGGGAAAGCUCGCAAACUGUCGAGGCCCCUCGCGCUUCCGGUUUGUUGUCUUCACCGUCUUUCAUAGACUCUCGGCAUAUGUCCAAUAAUAACGCCCCUCUGGCCUCGCUUACCUCCACCAACAGAGAGGGGGCGGACUCGUCAGCUCUAGGAUCCACACAGGCAAGUGCCGACGUAUUCCGUAAUACUUUGUCCCCAAUGGCUCGUCGAGAUUCGAGUUCAGCUGUGAACGAUAUCAUCUUCCAGCAACCAAUAGUUGCUGAGGGCGAUACUCUUGCUGCUUUGUCCGAAGUUUUGGAAAUUCUGCAGCGAAACACUCAAAAUGUAGCAGGAGGUGGAGUUUCGCCUAGCUUGUUUCCACUGCACGACUUGAUCCACACGCCGCCAAACACACCUCGCCCAAGUACCGGUCAACUGCGUUCACGUACAUCAUUGUCGCCACAAAAGACUCCACCAGUUCAAGCCAUGUCAGAUUCCAAUCCUCCGACUCCUCAAGAUUCUGCCAUGCCUACGGUUUCCUUGCCUGAUUUGACUACUUUUGUCCAACAAUUGCAACAAGCUCAAGCUACGCAGACCAAUAUUUCUCCAUUUCUUUCGGGACAUCUUCCUACUGUACCGUCUAUACCUCUCCACCCCAACUUCAAUCAGAUUUUUCAGUCCCAAGCUUUAACUUCUUCUGGCUAUUAUCAACCUCUUGUGCCGAAUUUCAGCAUGCCAUGGCCAGUCCCAUCUUAUCAGCACAACCAAAACGUGCCUUUGUACUUCCCUUCUAUGCCUCCUUUACCAAGUCACACUGUGCAACCUCUGCAACCGCUUCACCAAUUCGCCCACUACCCAGGCCCCUGGCAAAUGGGCAUGCCUCCUCUACAGCCUGUUCAUAAUACAAUCGUACCUCAACAGCACCUUCCUCCCUUUGUGGCGCCGCAAUAUGUCAAUCAUCCUUAUGGUCCGAUCCCUGUAGUACCGUACUCAUCACAAACACCACCUAAUAUUCCUGGACAAACAUCUCUUACCUCUCAACCGCCGUUCCCACCUAUAAUGGACCUUGCCCUUCAAGACGACAUCUGGACAAAGACGUUCGAAUAUGCUCAGAGGAUGAGACGACAGAACGCUACAGCCCAGCGUAAUUCCAAGAAGAACCAGGUCACCUCUGAUGCAGAUGUUGCAACACUUCAAGAUACCUUUUGUUGUCCGUUCUGUGCUAGGUUGUUCCGUAAAGGCAACAGUUUUGCCCUUCAUUUGAAGGCGCACCGUCAAACAGCUUACAACUCCAUGCGUGAGAUUAUGCAAACAGGCGAUGACGCUAUACCGACUGCACUCCAGGUUGCUUCAGGACCUACCACCCGCAAUGAAGUUAGACGACCUCUUUCAGCUGGUGUUCAGAAGUCCUCCAGUCGUCGACGUGCUUCCAAACGCAAAGCCCGCCCACUAGGCCACCUACAUUCAACAAUUCCCAUAGGAUCUGUUCCUGUGCCCUAUAACGAUACGCCAGGUGAACCGGAAGGACUAGCUUCUGCGGGGCCUAUUACACCGUUGGGCACGCCGCCUCGUUCUUCUUCUGUUGGUACAGAGAUGUUAUGGCAUCAGACUCCUGCGAGAAAUCGUACUUCUACUGCAAGUUCCUCUCACUGGCGGGAGGAGUUAUUCGGAUUUGAUGACGAUUAAUCUUUUGAAAACCGGAUCUUCAAGGGCACACCACAUAACUUCAGCCAAGAUAGCGUAAUAACCAAUCCAUUAAUGUAAAAACUUCCGAAUGAGACUGUAUCAAGAAAUAACAAAGACUGAAUAAAUAGCGUCAAAAAGGCGGAAACAUU